AUGGAUAAUAAUGGAGUGGCUAAAACUUUGAAAAAAGAUAUUUCAUAUUUUGAUGAAACGAAAGAUUAUUCAAAAAAAAGGUUUGAUAAAUUUAAUGAUAUAAAUGAAAUUAUUAUUAAACAUAAGAAGAAUCAACCUCAUAUAAAAGAAAAUAAUUUAAAAUAUAUAACAAAAAAUGUGAACUAUGAUAGACUCUCGGUUGUUGAAAAGAAGAAAAACAAUGACAUUAGUAAUAUAGAUAAGUAUGAGAAAACAAAGACAUGUUCAUACGUUUUAAAUAAUUUAUAUAAAAAAUCUAAUCAUCAUAAUAAUAAAAUGUAUGAUGAGUAUAAAUUUUAUGAUUAUUACGAAUUGAUUAACAAUAUAAAGAAAUUGAAAGGUUCUAAAAAUGUCAAAGAGGAAAGAGGAAAAGGAAAUGAUAAUAGAAUAAUUGCCAGUGCUACAAGUAAUGAUAAAAAAAUAUAUAACAAAAAAAGACAUAAUAAUAAUGAUAUUAAUAAAUAUAAUAAUUGUUGUAGUUGUUGUAAUUGUUGUAAUCGUAAUAUUUUUUCUUCUUCAAAAACUUUUAAUGUUUGUGAAGGAGAUAAGAAAAUUUCAUAUGGAAGGCAAAUAACGAAUUUGGUUAGUUGCUAUAAAUAUAAUAAUCAAAUAAAAAGUACUUCUAAUUUUCACUCGAUAAAUCAAAAUAUUGAUGAUGAUAAUAUAUAUGUAGACAAUCAACAUAUGUUAUAUGAUCAUUAUACUGAUAAUUUAAAAUAUAGUAAUUAUAAUGAAAAAAAUGAUUUUUCUUAUAAUCCACAUGAAAAAAAAAAUAGUUUUUCCAGUUUUAUAAACCCUGCUCCACAUGACAGUCAUAUGGAAUUGUGUAAAAAAUUGAAGAAAUAUGUAGAAUGUAAAGAAAGGGUUGAUAUAAAUAAAGAGAAGGAUUUUAUUUUGCUUGGUAUAUCCAAAACAUGUGUAAAAAAAUGUAAUACAUGUUCAGGUGAUAAUAUGACGAAAGAUAUAGACAAGGAUGUUGAAGAUGAAGAAAAAAACAAAGACAGUGUAAUAAUAAAAAAUGAUAUGAAAAAUUAUAUAUGUUAUAAUAAUUUGAAUAGAAACAAUAGUAAUAUUAAUAAGAAAGAAAAACAAAAAGAAUGUGAUGAAUAUAAUUAUAAUGAUGUUCAUGUUUUUUGUGAUAAUGAUCAUUUUUCUCAUAGUGAAACUUCUCAUACAGCCAGAAACUCAAAUACUAAAUUAUAUAAUGUAAAGCAAAAACAUAUAAAUAUAAAUAUAAAUAAUAUGCACAAUAAUGUAUAUCUUAUGGAGGGGAAAGAAAAAUUAGAUUUCCCUUCUAUAAAAGAGGAAACCCCAUUUUGUAUACAAAAAAAUUAUAAACAUGAUGAUAAUAUUAAAAUGUCAUCAUAUAACUAUUAUAAUGAUAUGACAUAUAAAAAUGUUAAAGGUAUGAUGACACACUCUUUAUCUGUGCAACAUGAUAUGAAGGAAGAGAAAAAUGUAUUAAAUAUAAAAAAGAUGCAUAGAUGUUUUACUAUAAUGAAUAAAAAAGUAUAUAGUGAUUCUGUUUUAUGUUUUUAUGGAAGAACACCAUGGUGUAUUAAUAAAAUUAGAAGGGCCGAAAAAAUAGGCCAAGAAAAAAAACACACAAAAAAGGAAAAUCAAAAUAAAGAUAAAAGUAAAGACAAAAGUAAAAAUAAAGAUAAAAGUAAAGACAAAAGCAAAAAUAAAGAUACGAAUAACAUGCAGGAUAGAGUAAUCAAAUAUGCUGGUGAGCAUAUAGACAAUUCUUACUGUAAAAAUAAAGAGUCCUCAAAAAUAGGAAAUCAUAAAAUGAUGAAGAAGGAAAAAUACUUGAAUUCUUCAUCUUUAUCAAUAUAUGACAAAUGUUAUAAUAAAUGGAAAAAAAAUAAUAAAAAAAGAAGAAAACAUAAAAGUGAAGGUAGGAAAGAAGAAAAAUAUAUUUGCUGUUAUGAUAAUAUUAAAAUAUUAGAAGAUGUAAAAGAAAGGUUUUUUAAGAGUCAUAAGCUUAAUAUAUUAAAUGAAGAGAAUUUUAUUAAAGAGCAUCAAAUUAAUGGUAGGAAUAAGGAACAUAUUGAUGAAAGAAAAGAAGAAGAUAUUUAUAAGAUAAGUAAAGAGAACACGAAAGAAGAAAGUUACAUUAUAAUACAUAAAGAUCAAAGGAAUAUGGAAAAUAUAAAAAUAAGAAGAUAUAACAAUAUGAAUGAUAAAAAACAAUUUAGUGAUAAUAGUAUUUUAUAUGAUUGUCUUAAAAAAAAUAAUAAAAUAAAUAAAUCACAAGACAGUUUUUUUUUUGAAUUUAUGAAAGGAGAAGUAGAUGAAAAACCUAACGUUCUUAAAAAGGACGAUGGAUUUAUUAAAACAUUUAGAACAAAUAAAAGUCUAACCGAAUUAACAAAAAAAAUUUCAGAUUCUAAUUUUAAUUCGUUAUAUACUAGUUUAGAUAGAAUCCAUAAAAACGUUUCUAUAUAUAAUGAAAAAUUAGAAAGAACAAAGCAGGUACCACAUAAAAAAAAAAAUGAUAACAUAGAUAUUCACGGGAUAUACAAAUCCAACAAUUUUUUUAAAAGCAUCAAUAUGAUGAGUAGAUUAUCAAAGUGUUAUCAUAUCCAAACAUGUGACCACUCUAAUUAUGGUUUUAUAAAAAAUAAAAUGAGUAAAAAGGCUCAUAAGAAGUUGGUUUCUAAGUAUAUAAAUAAAUAUAAAAAAGAAGUGAUUAAAAAGAAGGAAAGAAAGAAAAAAAAAAAAAAAAAAAAAAAUAUAAAAAAUGAAAUAUUAAUAUCGUUUGAUGGAAAUAUAUUUGGAGAGGAAAAUAUGAAUGAAACAAAAGAGGAGAAUAAAAAUGAAGAAAGUGCAUAUAUCUGGAAGAAUAGAAUAGAUAGCAAAAUAAAAGGAGAAGAACAGAAAAAAAAAAAAAAAAAAAUUGUUCCUAAACCUUUAUGCGUUGAGAAUAAGAUGCACAUAAAAAAAAAUGUACGACAAAUAAUAAAAAAAAAUAAAAAUAAAAAUAAAAAAAUAUAUAAGACAAUAAAAUUUUUGAACAAUUAUAAGACUUUGAUAGAUCAGUUGAAUUUAAAAGGUAAUGAAGAGAAUAUAUUAAGUAACCAUGUUAAUAAAAAAAACAAAAUAAUAAUGAACAACCAUAAUGAUAAUAAUAAUAAUAAUGAUAAUAAUAAUAAUAAAAAUGAUAAUUAUAAUGAUAAUAAUCAAAGGGAACAUUGUUGUGAGGAAAUAAAAAUUAAGGACGGGGAACAGAAAUAUGAAGGAGAUAUAUAUGGAGGAGAAAGAAAAAACAAAUAUAUAUAUUAUAAUAAUUACUAUCAAAUAAAUGAAAGAAAUGAGAUACAUGAUGAUAAUAAUAUAAACGAUAAUAAAAAUAAUAAUUGUGAGAAAGGAGAUAAAAGGUGUGAAUUAAAAAAAUAUUCAAUUCGUUAUGUAAAGGAAAAAUAUAAUUUAGAAAAUAAUACAUAUGAUAUAAUAGGAUUAAUAUAUUAUGGUGACAAAUCUCAAGUAUAUAAAUGUAUAAAUAUGAAUAACAAAAAAGUGUAUGCUAUGAAAGUAGUAUUAAAAGAGUGUAAUGAAAUGUUUGUAGAUAAUUUUAUAAAAAAAUAUUUAUUUUUAAAAAAUAAUCCUCACAAAAAUAUUAUAUCUAUAUAUGAUAUAUUUUGUAAUAACAAUUAUAUUUGCAUAAUAAUGGAUUAUUGUGAAGGGUCUACAUUGUUGGAUUAUUUUAUGUCUUUAGUACCUGGUUCUUUGAAUAUAUAUGAAAUAAAAAAAAUAAUGAAAAACAUCUUUAUAGCUUUAGAUUUCUUUCAUUCAAAUAAUAUUAUUCAUAGAGAUAUUAAAUUAGAAAAUAUUAUGUUUAAAAAUAAAAAAAGGAAAGAACGUUUUAAUUAUCAAGACUAUGGUAGUUUUUUGUUUGAUAAUCAUGAUGAGACUUCCUUCUCAACAUCUUAUAGGAGCCUUCAUAAGCAUGAAAUUGAAUUGAGUCAAAUGGAUACCUUUGGAAAUAAAAAUAAGCAAGGAAAGAAGUAUAUUAAAAAUAUAUAUAAUGAGAAACACAGAGAUCUAAAUAUUUUGAAGAAAAAUUGUUCACACAUAUUAGAAAAAAAUAAAAACAAUAUAAUGAAUGAUAUUCAAUUGAAGGGACCAAAAUGUUAUAUAAAAUAUGAUAAUAAUAUGGAUACGUUAUUUAAUUAUGACGAUGAUAGUAACUGGUCAUAUAAUUCAUCUAUAUGUUAUGAUAUUAUACAAGUAAGUGACGAAGAAGAAUAUGAUAAUAUAAAUAUAAAACAUAAAAUAUAUAAAAAUAAUAUAUGUUCUGAUGAUUCAUUAAGAUAUGAUGGAAUUUUAAAUUAUGAAAAUUCAUUACAGUCUAAUAAUUCAUAUGAUAACAAUUCAAAAUAUGAAACAUUUUGUAACGAGCCAUUUCCUUCCCAGCUUUGUUCCAUUCAUAAUUAUAAUAAAAAAAGUGGAUGUUAUAAUUUUAGUAAAUUAUAUAAUAAUAAAAAAAAUAUUAAAAAUGAAUAUAUAAAUAAUAAAUCAUUAGAUUAUAUAAAAAAUAAAUCAUUAGAUUAUAUAAAAAAUAAAUCAUUAGAUUAUAUAAAAAACAAAUCAUUAGAUUAUAUAAAAAAUAAAUCAAUAGAUUAUAUAAAUAAUAAAUCAUUAGAUUAUAUAAAACCUCAUGGAACGAAAGAACAUAUAAAAAAAGAAAUGAAGUAUAGUAAAAAUACAGAAAAAAGAAAAAAAACUGAAAUAAGAGAAAAAAAUAUAAUACAAAGUAAUAUGAAUCCAUCAUAUAGUGAUUUAUGUAUAAUAGAUAUGGAUAUGAUAGAAAUUGUUUCAAACACAAAAUGUAAUGGAAUGAAUAAAUCAAAAUUUAUAUGUGGAACUCCAUCAUAUAUGCCACCAGAAUCAUUUGACGGUAUUGUUUCACCUGCUAAUGACAUAUGGGCAUGUGGUGUUAUUUUAUAUGCAUUAAUGGAUGGACGUUUUCCAUUUGAAAUUAAUAAUUAUAUGCCUAUUUAUUUAAAGAAAAAAAUAUUAAUGGAAAACAAACCAAAAUUUGAAUCAUUCAUAUGGCAAGAACAUCUCGAUCUUUUAGAUCUAUGUCUAAGGUUAUUGGAUCCUAACCCUUGGACGAGAAUACAAAAUGCUCGAGAAGCCUUAAUACAUUAUUCAUUUAGAAAUUUGAUAUAA